ACAAAUACAGUGCAGGUGCAGUUUAUCUGUGUUUAUAAAAAGGCGAAUUGCCUUUUGCCCCAAAUAAGAAGCUACUGCUCCAGAUUAAGAGACUGCACAGACUGCAUAGGUGACGGAGAUGAGAGCAGAGGAUUGCUUGAAUAUCUGAAUAUACCGGCUUUAGAUCCAUUCUGUGCGAUUUCCAAAGGCUACCACCAGAGGGAAAAGCUAUUUUUACCGGCAGGCGUCUUGUGGAGACAACGAGAAUGUCGCCACCACGUAGCUUCAAUCGCGGAUUCGGUGGCGGAGGUGGAAGUGGAAGUGGCAGUAGAGGUGGAGUGUAUGCCGGCCGCGUAGAUAGACAUAGCAGACGCAGCAGUCCGCGGCGGCGGAGCGGUGGAUUUAAUCGAGGUGGGGCGUCGGCGUCCAAUGGCGAAUUUUCUGAUUUGCGAGGUGUCAACUGGAGCAAUGUGCAGCUGGCUCCCUUCGAAAAGCAGUUCUAUCGAGAGCACCCAACGACUGGCAAUCGCCCUGCCCAGGAAGUGGAACGCUUUCGGGCCCAGCACGAGAUAACGGUUCGCGGAGAGGCGCCCAAUCCCAUACAGCACUUUGACGAAGUGUGCUUCCCCGACUACUGCAUGAGCGAGAUUCGGCGCCAGCGGUACUCGGAGCCUACGCCCAUACAGGCCCAGGCCUGGCCAAUUGCCAUGUCGGGUCACAACUUGGUAGGAAUAGCCAAGACUGGGUCCGGCAAGACACUGGCUUUCAUCCUGCCCGCCAUUUUGCACAUUAAUGGACAACAGCGCCUGCAACGAGGCGAUGGCCCCAUCGCCCUAGUGCUCGCCCCAACGCGGGAGCUUGCCCAGCAGAUUCAGGCGGUCGCCAAUGAUUUCGGGUCAACUGCCUAUGUACGCAACACUUGUGUCUUUGGCGGAGCGCCACGCUCCAGGCAGGCCAAUGAUCUGGAGCGGGGGGUGGAGAUUGUCAUUGCAACGCCGGGGAGAUUACUCGAUUUCCUGCAGGCCGGAGCCACCAAUCUGCGACGCUGCACCUACCUGGUUUUGGACGAGGCUGACCGCAUGCUGGACAUGGGAUUCGAGCAGCAGAUUCGCAAGAUACUGGGUCAGAUACGUCCCGACCGACAGAUACUGAUGUGGAGUGCCACUUGGCCCAGGGAGGUGCGCCAGUUGGCAGAGGACUUUCUUGGUAGCUACAUACAGAUUAAUAUCGGAUCAUUGGAACUGUCGGCCAACCACAACAUACGCCAGUACGUGGAGGUGUGUGCGGAGCACGAGAAGGGUUCCAAGCUCAAGGAGCUGCUCUCGCAUAUCUACGACCAGUCGAGCGCACCCGGAAAGAUUAUCAUCUUCGUUGCCACCAAAAAGAAGGUCGACGAACUGGCACGCUUCAUCAAUGCAUUUGGCGUUGGCGUCGGCUCCAUCCAUGGUGACAAGUCGCAGGUCGACCGUGACAGCGUACUGAAUGACUUUCGGGGCGGACGAGCUAAUAUUCUGGUGGCCACCGAUGUGGCAGCCCGCGGCCUCGAUGUUGAUGGCAUUAAGUAUGUCAUUAACUUUGACUUUCCGCAGUCCUCGGAAGACUACGUGCACCGGAUUGGACGCACUGGACGAAAGCAUUCAACGGGCACUUCGUACGCAUUUUUUACGCGCAAGAACGCCAAGUGCGCUCGGGCCCUCAUCGAUAUACUCCGCGAAGCCAAUCAAAAUGUUAAUCCGGAAUUGGAGAGCUUGGCUCGCGACUCGGGAGGCCGCGACCGGCAUCGUGGAGGGCGAGGCUCCAUCCGAAAUAGUGGGAGCGGCAGCUCCUCGGGAAGAUUUAACAAUAGCGGCGGCAGAUCGAGCGUUUUUAACAAUUUCAACAGUAACAAUACCGAACGAUUCGGUGGCAGAUCUGGGGGAUUCAGCGAUUCGGGAUUCGGGAACAGUGCACAUGCCGCAGGCAGAAGUUUUUCUUCCAAUGUAAUUUCAAGUAAUAGAGGAGGAGCGUUUUCAAGCGCGGCGACCACCUCGAACUUUGGUAGUGGCAACAGUGGCCAUUUGGGGUCAUCGCUCAGCAAGUCGGGACAACAUUAGUUAGAUUUAUAUAUCCUUUCAGAGGGUGCUCACACUUUGUGGCGCGUUAAGGAGACAUUUCAAUCCAGUUUAGAAUAAAUAUAAACUUGUCUCACAGUUGACUGAAACGUUCUUAAUGAUAUUUCUAUGGCUCGAAUUCCGAUUCAAAUUUUUCUUUAAUUAUGAGGGUACCUCCUCUCUCCAUCGCGAUAGACUAAAACCU